AUUAAUCUCAAAGGGGUUGUUUAUAAUUUACCUGUUUUUUUUUUUUUGUCUUCAGCCUUAUUAUUCUCAUCCAACUUACAUAUCAUCAACAAUAGAUCAAAUUUAUAAUCUUAUGUAUGUUCUACGACAAAUAAGUGAUAAUCAAUUAGUAGUGGAAACUAUUCAAAAUAAUAAUCAUGAACAGAAUACAAGUUUAUUAUUAUUAAAAAAUAAAAAUUAUACAAAUAUCAGAACUGACAAUAUUUACAAGGUACGUUAUGCAAUUGUUGAUGAUGAGCCAACCGUUGAUAUUUAUUCAUUAAUUGAUAAUUAUUUUUUAAAAACUUUUCAAUGUGGAAUAAAUCACAUAAAACAAUUGGAAAUAAUGUAUAUGGAAACAACAACAAUAUUAAUAAUAAAUGAUGGAAAAACGAUUUGGAGUUAUGAUUUUCAAAGUUUAACAAAUCGAUGUGUCAAAAGGACAAGUUUGAUUCGAACUGUAGAAAGUAAAUUUUUUACUAAACACUAACUUUUAUUGAUAAUUAAUAAAAAAAAAUUUUUAUUUCAUUAUUUAUUUCUAGUUAUUCAUUUUACAAUUUCAAACGAUAUUAUUUAUGCUUUACUA